AUGUAAUGUGGUAUUGAAGUGCUGGAGUGCAGGCUCAUGUAAUGUAAACCGGAAGAGGGAAGAAGAGUGGAGAGAGGAACGAUCUGUGUUGUUAUUUAAACUAACUGUUUUGGGAUGACUGUGCUUGUCUGUAAAAUUAAGUUUUGUUGAUAAGGGGAUGCAUUUAUAAAAAGCGGGGAUUACCGGAGAAUUAACGUUUGAUUUGACGUUUAUUUACGUACUAGAGCUGGAGGAUAAACAUGAGCAAGAUACAUUCACACCAGCAUACUACGACUACACAGACACUUGUGACCAAAUAUUAGCGCUAAUUUUGUAUUGGUGAACCUGAAAUAUGGGCUUUAAAAUACAUUUAUAUUUGUAUAACUACGUGUUUACUGAUUUUUAUAUAUAAGGGAAAAUGAAACUGGUUCGAGCAGAAUACCAAGAACUAGCUAAAUAUAUGGAGCACCUCAGACCUACCAGGCAGUGCAUGAAGAUGCUAAAAGAAAAGUUUUCCAGUCAAUCGCAGUCCACUCUGCUGAGCAUCUUCUCCCAGGAGUACCAGAAACGAAUCAAAAGAAGCCAUGUAAGGCAUCUCACUGAAGAGGCCAUUGAAAAUUACUGUCAAAAGUAUGACCUACCUAUCCCACUAGAGGGUACCACAGGACUUAAUAAAUGGACCACCCUUAAAGAAUGUAAACCUGGGUGA